AUGUACGUGUCGAGGUGCACGUAUUGCUCGCAAAUCACGAGAGCUGAGCUGGAGCCGCGGCUCAGCUCUCGAGCGCCGGGCCAGGCCCAGGGCCGGCAGCAGGAGGCGAGGCGAGCUGGCAACGCCGGCAUGCCUGCCGCCCGCCGCCCAUUGGCCGCCGCAAGAAUGCCCCCCCGCCGCCCCGCCGCAGCCCGGGCCCGCGGCAGGCAGCGGCCGCCAGCACGCAGUCGCUUCUCGCGCAACGCUGCGGACCCAGGGCACCGCGCGGCACGGCACUCCACGACCACGACACGACCGCGCCACGACCACUGCAGGACCGCUACCGCCUCCGCUACGACGACCGCGCGCCGCCCGCUCCGUGCGCAAGAGUUCCGCGACGGCGCCGCGCAGCCGCGUCUUCCGCGCUGUCCACGGCCAGCAGGCAGCAGCUCCGCGUGGCGCCGCGCCGCCGCGCCGGCCACCGCCGAGGACAAGAUUGCGAGGGGAACGGUGCCCGUGCAGGAGGCGCACGCUGGGAGGGCGGCAGAUGGGGGCGGUCGGCGGCGGCGGCGGCGGCUGACACGGAGUGAGGCGGCGGCCGCUGGGGCAGCCAUGCCGACGCCGGCGCCGCCGCUGCCGCUGCUGCUGGCGGCGCCGGUGGCGGGCGACGCGAUGCAGUCGCGCGCCGUGGACACGCGCGUCACGCUGCAGGUGGCGGAGGGCGUGCCCGUGGGCACGCUGGUGGGCGCCAUCCCCACGCAGCCGGGCUUCACCUACCGCUUCAACGAGGCUCCGCGCGAGUUCUCGCUGGACGCGCGCUCCGGUGCCAUCCGCACUGCCGCCGAGCUGGACCGCGAGGCGCUCCGCUCCGACCGCUACGACCUGGUCGUGCUCUCCAGCCAGCCCACCUACCCGAUCGAGGUGCGCAUCGGCGUGCUGGACGUGAACGACAACGCGCCCGCCUUCCCCGAGCCCAGCAUCGCCGUGUCGUUCAGCGAGAGCGCGGCGCCGGGCACGCGCCUGCUGCUGGACGCCGCUUCGGACGCGGACGCGGGCGCCAACGGCGUCUCCGACGACUACCGCAUCGUGGCCGGCAACCGCGACGACAAGUUCCGGCUGGUGGUGACCGAGAGCCCGGCGGCCGCCGGCGAGCUCCCCUACACCUACCUGCACCUGGAGACGACUGCGCGCCUCGACCGCGAGCAGGUCGCCUGCUACCAGCUGAACGUGUCGGCGCGCGACGGCGGGGAGCCGCCGCGCUUCGGCUUCCUGCUCGUCAACGUCACCGUGCUCGACGUCAACGACAACCCGCCCAUCUUCGACCACAGCGACUACACCGUCUCGCUCAACGAGAGCGCGCCGCCCGGCACGCACGUCCUGCAGGUGACGGCGACGGACAGCGACGUGGGCGACAACGCGCGCAUCGCCUACUACCUGUCGGACGGCGAGCGGCAGUUCGCGGUGGACGCGGAGACGGGCGACAUCACGACGGCAGAGCGGCUCGACUGCCCGCAGCAGUCGUGCGCCAGCGCGCGCCCCGGCGGGCUCGGCGGCUGCCCCAAGAGCUGCGUGUUCACGGUGUUGGCCCGCGACCACGGCAGCCCGCGCCAGGACGGCCGCACCUACGUCACCGUCAACCUGCUCGACGCCAACGACCACGACCCGGUCAUCAAGUUCCGCUACUUCCCGUCCACGUCGGGCUUCGCGACCGUCGACGAGAACGCGGCCAACGGCUCGGUGGUGGCCGCCGUGUCGGUCGUGGACCAGGACGAGGGCCCCAACGGCGAGACGACGGUGGAGAUCCGCGCCGGCAACGAGCUGGGCCACUUCCGGCUCGACUGCACGCCCAGCUUCGACAUCGUGCGCGUGCACGGCGUGCUGGACCGCGAGCAGGUGAACAAGUACAACCUGACGGUGGUGGCGGCCGACCGCGGCUCGCCGCCGCGCACCGCCACCGCCUUCCUCAUCGUGCACGUGAACGAUGUCAACGACCACGAGCCGGUGUUCGCCAAGAGCGAGUACUCGGCCGUGCUGAGCGAGCUGGCGCCCGCGGGCAGCUACGUGGCCAGCAUCGCCGCCGCCGACGAGGACUCGGGCGUGAACGCGCGCAUCUACUACGCGCUCGUGUCGGGCAACGAGCGCGGCUGGUUCGCCAUCGACGAGGACUCGGGCCUGGUGACGACGCGCGCGCCGCUCGACCGCGAGGCGCAGGACACGGCCGAGCUGCGCGUGUCGGCGCGCGACGGCGGGCCCAACCCCAAGUGGGCCUACACCCAGCUCAAGGUGGCCAUCCUCGACGAGAACGACGAGCGGCCGCGAUUCUCGCAGGAGCGCAUCGAGGUGAGCCUGCCGGAGAGCGCGCCCGCGGGCACGCUGGUGGCCAUGCUGACGGCCGAGGACGCCGACCAGGGCACCAACGGCUCGGUGGCGUACGAGCUGCCGCGGCCCGCCGACUACCCGGGCGCCUUCUCGCUGGACGCGCUCACCGGCCAGCUGAUGACGCGGCGCGCGCUCGACCGCGAGCAGCGCGCGCGCUACGAGGUGCGCGUGGUGGCGCGCGACCGCGGCGUCGCGGCGCCCGCGCUCUCCGCCAGCGCCACCGUCGUCCUCACCGUGCUCGACGAGAACGACAACAGCCCCGCCUUCUACCCCGCCCACUACUUCGCCGCCGUGCCGCAACACCUGCCCGCCGGCGCCACCGUCCUGCAGGUGUCGGCGAGCGACCGCGACGAGGGCGCCAACGCCGAACUGCGCUUCGCGCUGGAGGCGGGCGACGCCGCGCUGUUCGCCGUCGAGCCGCGCUCUGGAGCCGUCACGCUGCGCGCGCCGCUGCCGGCGCCGGAGGACGCCGGGGGUGGCGACGACGCCGGGGGCGGCGGCCCGGUGUGGCGGCUGCGCGUGUCGGCGCGCGACGGCGGCGGCCGGCGCGCAGACCCGGACGCCACGGUGGAGCUGGUGUCGCUCGCACGCCUCGCCGCCCUCGAGUUCGACUCGGCCGCCGGCUACCACUUCGAGGUCGCCGAGGACGACGGCUCGGAGGCGGCGGCGCCGGCGGCGGGCGGCCGCGUCGUGGGCCGCGUGCGCGUGGCGCGCGCCCACCAGGCCGGCGCCGCCGCCGUGACGUACGCCGUCGUGGCGGGCGACCCCGAGGGCAGCUUCGCCGUGGACGCGGCGUCGGGCGUGCUGAGCACGCGCGGCCCGCUGGACCGCGAACGCGUGGCGCGCUACAGCCUGCGCGUGCUGGCGCGCGCCGGGCUCGCCGCCGCGGAGGCCGUCGUCAACGUCACGGUGCUGGACCUGAACGACAACGCGCCCGAGUUCCCGGGCGCGCCGGCCGAGGUGCGGCUGGCGGAGAACGCGGCCGUGGGCCAGGAGGUGUGCGUGUGCCGCGCGCGCGACCGCGACGCUGCCGCCAACAGCCGGCUCGCCUACAGCCUGGCGCGCGACCCGGACGGCCAGUUCGGCGUGGGCGCCGCCAGCGGCGUCGUCUACCUGCGGCGGCCGGUGCGCGCGCCGCCCGGCACCUCGCUCUCCGUCGAGGUGGCCGCCACCGACGGCGGGCAGCCGCCGCGCACCGCGCGCCACGCCCUCUCCGUGCUCGUCGUCGACGUCAACGACCACACGCCCGUCUUCGACCACACGUCGUACGAGACGUCGCUGCUCGAGUCGACGCCCGUCAACGAGCGCUUCUUCGCGCUGGCCGCGUCCGACGCCGACCUGGGCGCCAACGGGCAGGUGCGCUACGCCAUCAGCGAUGGCGACGCGGCGGGCCGCUUCGGCGUCUUCCCCGACGGCUGGCUGUACGUGCGCAGCGCGCUCGACCGCGAGCAGCGCGACUACUACUCGCUGUUGGUGACGGCGUCCGACGGCGGCAACCCCCCGCGCUCGUCGCAGGUGCCCGUCACCGUGCACGUCGUCGACGAGAACGACAACGCGCCGCAGUUCGCCAACGCCACGUUCGAGUUCCGCGUGCGCGAGAACGAGCCGCCCGACUCGUUCGUGGGCAAGCUGUCGGCGUCGGACCGCGACGUGGGCCGCAACGCCGAGCUGACGUUCGCGCUGUCGGGCGGCGCCGACCAGCGUCACUUCACCGUCGACCCCAAGAACGGCUUCGUCAAGACGCUGCACGUGUUCGACCGCGAGCAGCUGGUGCGCGACACGGGCCAGAGCUACGUGGUGCUGGAGGCCACAGUCACCGACAACGGCGCGCCGCCGCUCGGCGACCGCGUCAAGGUGUACGUGCACGUCGCCGACGAGAACGACAACGCGCCGCGAUUCCUGCGCACGCCCUACCGCGUCCAGGUCUCCGAGGCCGCCGGCGUCGGCACCCAGGUGUUCCGCGUGUUCACGGCGGACGCGGACGAGGGCGCCAACGGGCAGGUGUGGUACUCGCUGGCCGGCGGCAACGAGGAGGGCCGGUUCGCGGUGGACGCGGCCACGGGCGUGGUGACGGUGGCGGCGCCGCUGGACCGCGAGCGCGCACCCGCCUACCGGCUGCUGGUGGAGGCGCGCGACGCCGCCCCCGACGCGGCCUUCUCGCUGGCGGGCGGCAACCGGCGCGACGCGUUCGGCGUGGACGCGGCCACGGGCGCGCUCUACCUGCACCGGCCGCUCGACUACGAGGAGCUGGCGGCGUACGCGCUCAACGUGACCGCGGCCGACGGCGGCAACCCGCGGCUCGCCACCACGCUGCUCUUCCGCGUCGACGUCGAGGACAGCAACGACAACCCGCCCGCCUUUCCCAACACGGCCAUCGUGCGCCAGAUCCGCGAGGGCAUCCCGCAGCGCACGCCCAUCGUCACGGUCGCCGCCGAGGACCCCGACUCGGGCGCCAACGGCGAGGUGGAGUACCGCAUCGGCGCGCAGGAGCCGCCGGGGCCGGCGCACUUCGGCAUCGACCCGGCCACCGGCGUCAUCCACACGCUGCUGCCCGUCGACCGCGAGGCCGUCGACACCUUCCGGCUGACCGUGGUCGCCACGGACCGCGCGCGGCCCGAGUCGGCGCGCCUCUCGGCCGAGAAGCUCGUCACCGUCAUCGUCGAAGACGUCAACGACAACGCGCCGCAGUUCGUGUCGAUGAACGCGGCCGUGCUGCCGGCGGCGGCGCGCCUGCCGCCCGGCGACGACGUGUUGGUGGCGGUGGUGCGCGCGCGAGACCUCGACUCGGCCACCAACGGGCUCGUCACGUACGACCUGGUGAGCGCCGAGCCGGCCGCCGGCGGCGACCACUUCCGGCUGGACCGCAACUCGGGCGCGCUGACGGUGCGCCGCGGCGCCGCGCUGCCCGAGCCGCGCUACCACCUGGCCGUCAAGGCGAGCGACGAGGCGGUGCAGGCGGAGCGCAAGUCCAGCGACGCCUACCUCACCGUGCUGGCCGCGCCGCCCGCAGGGCCUGGCGCGGGCGCGCCGCGCUUCGAGCCGGCGGCCGACGCGGGCGGCAGCGUGUACGAGAACGAGCCGGCGGGCACCAGCGUGCUGCGCGUGCGCGCCGCCGUGCCGGGCGCGCCCGCCGCCGCCCUCGAGUACUACGUCACCAACGUGACGUGGGCGGGCGCCGCGCGCCGCCAGGCGGACCGCCUCUUCGCCGUGGACGCGCGCCUCGGCGUGCUGAGCACGGCCGCGCCGCUGGACCGCGAGGCGGGCCCGCCGCACUACCUCGUCACCGUCGUCGCCGUCGUCGUGGCCGGCGCGCCGCCCGCCCUCGCCACCGCCACGACAGCAAAGUCGGCGGCACCUCGGCGUUUCAGUGAUUUCCGGGUGUACCUGUACCGCUGGUCGGCAGACUGUUCCCGUAAGCUCCGCACAUUCUCUGUGGAUGUGUCUCGUGUGUACAUAGGGUCAGCAGUGGCGGCGGCCGCCUCGUCCUACGUCUGGUAG